CUGAGCCGCCAGGCAGGGGCCGAGCCGCGGGGAGCCGGUGGGGGGGCCAGCGCGGCGGGGAGAUGGCUUUGCGCCGCCGGGCCCCGCCCCCGGACCGCGAAGGAACGUUCCCGGAACGGCCGCCAGAGGGCGCGCGCGGCGCGACGACCUGCAGCUUCGCGCUUUGUCCCCCCGCGCGGCCCGUCGCCCGGCGCCGCGGCGGGAAAUACGACGCGCUCCUCCCGGCCACCGCCUCCUUCUGCUCUCGCGCGCCUGCCGGGGUCUGCCCUGCUGUGAUGGAGGAGGAGGAAGAGGGAGCGGCCGAGGAGCAGCAGCGAUUCUCCUACCGACAGAGGCUGAAAGCAGCUGUCCACUACACUGUUGGUUGUCUCUGCGAGGAGGUCGCAUCAGACAAAGAGAUGCCUUUCAGCAAACAAACCAUCGCAGCAAUCUCGGAGCUGACCUUCCGCCAGUGCGAAACUUUUGCCAAAGACCUUGAAAUGUUUGCAAGACACGCGAAAAGAAGCACAAUUAACACCGAAGAUGUGAAGCUCUUAGCCAGGAGGAGUAAUUCACUGCUGAAAUACAUCACAGAGAAAAAUGAAGAGCUCACUCAGUUUAACACAGAACAAAAAGCAAAGAAGAAGAAGAAGCUAGAGGACGACAACACAGAGUCAGUGGCUGCGGGUGCCGCAGGGAACAGCGCUGCCGCAAAGGGAUUUUCGAAGGGAUCAGUAGAAGGAUUAAAAUAAAAGGCUAAGAGGCU